AUGCUCCAUUUAGUUUUAAUGAACCUCCAACAAAUGUCUCUGGUUUCAACUAGUGUGAAAGCCACUGGUCAGGCAAGACGUGGGUUUGCCUACAAGAGCACAUCUUUCACAUUCGUGCCAUCCCAUCCGCUCCGCUCCACUCCACUUUUCAUUGCCUCCUAUCCGUCUCACAUGCUCUCUCCUCCGCUGGCCCAUUCAACUUUCUGUUGCCCUCUUUCGCACAUCUGCAUUUAUGUAUGCCUGCCUGCAUGCAUGCAUGCAUGCAAGAAGUCUACAAGAAGUCUACAAGAAGUAAGUACACCCAUAAUCUCUCGCUCGGUCUGCCCUAUGGAGACCUCGAAAGUCCAGUUCCAACUCAAAUUCGGUCAGCAUAUGUUCUCAUCAAAAAGCCUACCGGUCACAUUGUCUCCACCUGCCCAGGCGGCACAUGCGUCCACGUGUACGCUUGCGAAUGGAUGA